AUGCCUCUAACAUUCAGCCAACCAACGGCCCUCCUCCUAAUCGACAAUCAAAAAGGCUUCGAUGUCGACCCACGCACUCCCUGCCACUGGGGUACUCAUCGCUCAAACCCAUUGCUCGAGCAAAACCUCUCCAGCCUCUUAACAGCCUUCCGUGCCGCCAAAUCCAGAUCUGGGGCUAAACUCGAAAUCAUUCAUGUCUUCCACUCUUCCACCUCAGUCGCAUCUCCUCUCCACCCAUCCGCAGCCAACGGCACGGGGAUCCAGCCCCUGGAUUUCGCCCAACCAGCACCAGAUGGCUCCGAGCCGGUGAUGUGGAAGCAUGUCAACUCCGCCUUUAUCGGGACGCAGCUUGAAUCCUACCUUAGAAAGCACGAGAUCAGGCAGCUGAUUGUGGCGGGGAUCACGACGGACCACUGCGUGUCGACGUCUGUGCGGAUGGCAGCGAAUCUAGGUGUUGUGGAUCGGUAUCCUCAGGGCGAGCCCGUUUUGAAUGGAGAUGGAAGCCAACCGAGCACAGUGCCGGUUGACAAAGGCCGAAUUGUGCUUGUUGGCGAUGCGACAGCCACCUGGGCCAAAGGGGGCUUUGACGCUGACACGGUGCAUGCUGUGACUCUAGCCAGCUUGGAAGGGGAGUUUGCGGAUGUCAUGAAAACGGAGAAAGUCGUUGCUUCCCUGGAAGAGUUGAAGUAG